AUGCCCAUCAUCACAGAUUUCAAACUCCCCAGUUCAGCAGAUACCUUGGACAUCUCGGUUUUCUUCAUCUCUUUCCAUGCCUCUCCUGAUCCAAAUACACGGAAACCAUGGUGUCCCGAUGUUGCUGCUGCAUUGCCGUAUCUUCAAGAGGCCUUUUCCGCGCCCAACGCACCGCAGGUGGCUUUUGUUGAUGUUGGGCAGCGAGAUGAAUGGAGGGAGCCUUUCAACGUUUACCGAACCAAGUGGAACGUGAGCAAUCUUCCCACUUUAGUUCGCUAUGAGCAGGUGGAUGGCAAGACGACGGAGGUAGGCCGGUUGGUGGAAGGUGAAAUUCUUGACAAGGUCCGGCUCCAGAAGUUUGUUAGCAGCCGGCCGGCGCAGAUAUAA